AUGUCAUCAAAGCAUUCCUUAGAAAAGAAUUCCAACGAUGAGCAUGAUGACGAAUUGUUUCUAGCAAAUGAUAGUCCCAUCGCCAAAGCUUCUGACGACGCUUCUUCCACAAAUAGUUCAAUAAAUGAAUAUAAAGGGUUUAAUGCUGAAACUGCAAAGAAUGUUCAGGAGUUAGCUAGAACAUUAACUCAUAAUUCUAUUCUGUCAAACACUGGUGGGGAUGAGGAUUUCCAAUUAAAUGAUGAUAAAUCGUCAUUUGCUUUGAUUAAAUAUUUGUCGCAUAUGUCUCAAAUCCCUGGUGUAUCUCCUUAUAAUGGUGAUGAGCUGUAUAAUAAACUUGAUCCAGAUAGUGACUCAUUCGAUGCAAAAUACUGGGUCAAGAACUUGAGAAAGUUGUUUGAUUCAGAUCCUGAUUACUACAAGCCUUCUAAAUUAGGUAUUGCUUAUCGUGACUUAAGAGCAUUUGGUGUCGCUGUUGAUUCAGACUAUCAACCAACUGUCACUAAUGCUCUUUGGAAAUUAUCCAUAGAAGCUAUUAGAUCAACUCAAAAGAUUGAUGUGUCUCGUUAUUUUGAUAUUUUAAAAUCUAUGGAUGGUAUUAUGAAACCAGGUGAAGUCACAGUUGUAUUAGGUCGUCCUGGUUCUGGUUGUUCUACUUUGUUAAAAACCAUUGCUUGUAAUACUUAUGGAUUCCAAAUUGGUGAAGACUCAAGAAUCACAUAUGAUGGAUUAACUCCAGAAGAUAUUCAAAAACAUCAUCGUGGUGAUGUUGUAUACUCCGCAGAAACCGAUGUUCAUUUCCCUCAUUUAACUGUUGGUGAUACUUUAGAAUUCGCAUCCCGAUUGAGAACUCCACAAAAUAGAGGAAUGGGUGUCGACAGAGAAACAUAUGCUAAACACAUGGCAAGUGUGUAUAUGGCCACCUAUGGUUUAUCACACACUAGAAACACCAAUGUUGGUAAUGAUUUCGUUAGAGGUGUAUCUGGUGGUGAAAGAAAGAGAGUUUCAAUUGCUGAAGUGUCUCUUUGUGGUGCUAAUUUACAAUGUUGGGAUAAUGCCACUAGAGGGUUGGAUGCCGCUACUGCAUUAGAAUUCAUCAGAGCUUUGAAGACAUCUGCUACUAUUUUAGAAGCCACCCCAUUAAUUGCUAUUUAUCAAUGUUCGCAAGAUGCAUAUGAUUUAUUUGAUAAUGUUGUUGUUCUUUAUGAAGGAUAUCAAAUCUUUUUCGGUAAGGGAGAUAAGGCCAAAGAAUAUUUCGUUAAUAUGGGAUGGGAAUGUCCACAAAGACAAACCACAGCAGAUUUCUUAACCUCAUUAACCAAUCCUGCUGAAAGAAUCCCAAGACAAGGAUUUGAGCAUGCCGUACCAAAUAGUGCUGCUGAAUUUGCAUCUUAUUGGAAGAAUUCACCAGAAUAUAGAGAAUUGGUGGCUGAAAUCGAUCAACACUUCAUUGAUGUUGAAGCCAACAAUACCAAAAAAGCUUAUGAAGAUUCCCAUAUUGCUCGUCAAUCCAAGCACAUCUCACCUAAAUCACCAUAUACCGUUUCAUUCUUCAUGCAAGUCCGAUACAUUAUGAGUAGAAAUAUACUUCGUACAAAAGGUGACCCCUCCAUUGCGUUAGUAUCUAUAUUUGGUAAUUUCAUUAUGGGUUUGAUUUUAUCGUCAGUCUUUUACAAUCUACAACUGGAUACAUCCUCGUUCUAUUAUCGUGGUGCUUCGAUGUUCUUUGCCGUGUUAUUCAAUGCCUUUGCUUCCCUUUUAGAAAUUAUGUCAAUCUUUGAAUCCAGGCCAAUUGUUGAGAAACAUAAGAAAUAUGCUCUUUAUAGACCUUCGGCAGAUGCGCUAGCGGGUAUUAUUACUGAUUUACCUACCAAAUUAUGUGUCUCCAUUUCAUUCAAUCUUACGUUUUAUUUCAUGGUUCAUUUCAGACGUGAACCAGGUCGUUUCUUCUUCUACUUCUUGAUGUGUUUCACUUGUACAUUAGUUAUGUCACAUAUUUUCCGUUCUAUUGGUUCAGUUACUACCUCAAUUGCAGGUGCCAUGACUCCAGCUACCGUUAUGUUAUUAGGUAUGAUUAUUUACACUGGUUUUAUUAUCCCAACUCCAAAGAUGUUAGGAUGGUCAAGAUGGAUCAAUUAUAUUAACCCUGUCGGAUAUGUUUUCGAAUCAUUAAUGGUAAAUGAAUUCCAUGAUCGUGAAUUCAAUUGUUCCACCAAUGUUCCUACAGGCCCUAGUUAUACAAACUUAUCACCUGGUACUUAUGUUUGUAAUACUGUUGGUUCUGUUGCAGGAUCGCCAUUUGUUCAAGGUACUACUUACUUAGCCAAGAGUUAUGAAUACUAUAAUUCUCAUAAAUGGAGAAAUUGGGGUAUUUGUGUUGCCUAUGUUAUUGUCUUUUUAUUCCUUUACAUUACCUUGACUGAAUUCAACAAAGGUGCCAUGCAAAAGGGUGAAAUUGUUUUAUUUCUUAAAGGUUCCUUAAAGAAGCAUAAGCAACAAAGACAACUUCAAAAAGAUAUCGAAAAUAAUGCUUCUGAAAAAGUUCCACUUAAAGAUCAUUUGGAAUCUACUAAAGAAGAGAUCAAAGUUAAUGAUAAUAGUUUACCAUCUUCAAAUGAUAUUUUCCACUGGAGGGAUUUAACUUACCAAGUUAAGAUCAAGAAAGAAGAUAGAGUCAUUUUGAAUCAAGUUGAUGGAUGGGUCAAGCCAGGACAAAUCACUGCUUUGAUGGGUGCAUCCGGUGCCGGUAAGACCACUUUAUUGAAUUGUUUGUCUGAGAGAGUUACAAGUGGUAUAAUCACAGAUGGUGUUAGAAUGGUCAAUGGACACUCAUUAGAUAGUUCAUUCCAAAGAUCUAUUGGUUAUGUGCAACAACAAGAUUUACAUUUAGCUACUUCCACAGUCAGAGAAGCAUUUAGAUUUUCAGCUUACUUGAGACAACCAGCUUCUGUUCCAACUUCCGAAAAGAAUGAUUAUGUUGAAUACAUUAUUGAUUUAUUAGAAAUGACUGAUUAUGCAGAUGCUAUUGUUGGUGUUCCUGGUGAAGGUUUGAACGUUGAACAAAGAAAGAGAUUGACUAUUGGUGUUGAAUUAGUUUCCAAACCUAAAUUAUUAUUAUUCUUGGAUGAACCAACUUCUGGUUUAGAUUCGCAAACUGCUUGGUCUAUUUGUAAGUUGAUGAGAAAAUUAGCCGAUCAUGGACAAGCUAUUUUAUGUACCAUCCAUCAACCAUCAGCUUUAUUAUUGAAAGAAUUUGAUAGAUUAUUAUUCUUACAAAAAGGUGGUAGAACUGUUUAUUUCGGAGAUUUAGGCGAUGGAUGCAGUUCAUUGAUCAAAUAUUUCGAGAAGUACGGUGCUGACCCAUGUCCCCCAGAAGCUAAUCCAGCUGAAUGGAUGUUAGAAGUUGUUGGAGCUGCUCCAGGUUCUCAUGCUAAACAAGAUUAUUUUGAAGUUUGGAGAAAUUCAGAUGAAUAUCAUUCCAUUCAAUCCGAAUUAGAUACCAUGGAAACUGAAUUAGUACACUUACCAAGAGAUACAUCCCCAGAAUCGCAUUUAAAGUAUGCCGCACCAAUCUGGAAACAAUAUUUAAUUGUCUCAUGGAGAGUUAUUCAAGAGAAAUGGAGAUCUCCAGGUUAUAUUUAUUCCAAAUUAUUCUUAGUCAUUUCUUCAGCAAUCUUUAAUGGGUUUUCAUUCUUCAAAGCUAAUAACUCGAUGCAGGGUAUGCAAAAUCAAAUGUUUGCUAUCUUUAUGUACUUUGUGGUGUUCAAUACCUUGGUUCAACAGAUGGCUCCAUAUUUCAUUACUCAAAGAGAUCUUUAUGAAGUCAGAGAAGCGCCAUCCAGAACCUAUUCAUGGUUUGCAUUCAUCACUGGACAAAUCACAUCUGAAAUCCCAUUCCAAAUUGCUUGUGGUACCAUUUCCUUUUUCUGUUGGUAUUAUCCUGUUGGAUUAUAUAGGAAUGCGGAACCAACAGAUCAAGUUAAUUCACGUGGUGUUUUAAUGUGGAUGUUAUUAACCUCAUUCUUCGUGUACACUUCUACUAUGGGACAAUUAUGUUUAUCGUUCAAUGAGCUUGCUGAUAAUGCAGCAAAUUUGGCUACUUUAUUAUUCAGUAUGUGUUUGAAUUUCUGUGGUGUUUUAGCUGGUCCAAAGGUGUUACCUGGAUUCUGGAUUUUCAUGUAUAGAUGUAAUCCUUUCACUUAUUUAGUACAAGGAAUUUUAUCUACUGGAUUAGCUAAUACUAAAGUUAUUUGUGCUACAGAAGAACUAUUAUUGUUCAAUCCUCCUAGUGGCGAAACUUGUGGAACUUAUAUGGCACCAUAUAUGAAACUUGCCGGUGGCUAUUUGACAGAUACUGGUGCAACUUCAGGAUGCCAAUAUUGUCAAAUGAAUUCCACAAAUGACUACUUGGCUAGUGUCAAUGCUUACUUUUCAGAAAGAUGGAGAAACUUUGGUAUUUUCAUAGUAUUUAUUGCUUUCAACAUUAUUUUAACUAUUAUCUUUUAUUGGGCUGCUAGAGUUCCAAAAGGUAAUAGAGAACAAAAGAAGGCUAAAAAAGAUUAG